AUGGAUGGUGAGGACCCAGAAGGAGACCCAGUGCUGCGGAAACAUUCUCUCCAAGUCACGGACUUAAGGGGAAUAAUGCCGCGGGCCGUGGAGGAACUCUUCAAGGCCAUUGAGGCCAAGACAAAACCCACCCAGGGGGCCCCCCAAGAGCGGGGCCCCCAGGAGGGGGGCCCCCAGGAGGGGGGCUCCGGGGGCCCCGGGAGUCCCGGGGGGCCCCGUCGGGGAGGGGGGGAGGAAGGCGUGGAGGUGCAGCUGACGGCGACUUUGGUGGAAAUUUAUAAUGAAAGAAUUCGGGACUUGUUGGACCCUUCGAGGGGCCCCCUGGCAGUUAGGGAGGCCCCCAGUGGCCAGACUGUGGUGGCAGACGCCACGGAGGCCCCCUUGGUCUGCUACGAGCAGGCGAUGCAG